UUGUCGCCGACCCGGAAGCGGCUAGCCGGGAGCGAAGGUCAAAUCGGCUGCCUGGGAUUUUAACUUUCGCGUUUCUACGUCAGAAUCUCAGUCCCCAGGCUUACAACCCUGGGGUCUGGGGUCUCCGCGCACAUUAGAGUCCCCUCACCCCCGCCUCCCACCGCGGAUUGACGUCUCAAGACCCAUCUAGCCUGGCAGAGAAGCCCAGGGGAGGGAGAGGAGGAAAGCCCAGAGAGUCAGGAAUGACUCAUUCUCAGGAACUGUUGACCUUCAGGGAUGUGGCCAUAGAAUUCUCUCCGGAGGAGUGGGAGUGCCUGGACCCUGCUCAGAGGGCCUUGUACAGGGACGUGAUGGUGGAGAACUACAGGAACCUGGUCUUCCUGGGUGAGGAUUAGUUUCCCUACGGAGGUUGGGUACUGCUCUGGUGUGUCUUUGUGUUUUUCUUGGGGAUUUCUUGGGAGCCCCUUCUCUGCUUGACUGAA